UUGCUGUUUAUUGGAAGGCAGACAGUACAGUACCGUCCUCUGUAUUACAAGUGAUCACAGAGCCAAGGGCUCAUUGAGCUGCAGUCAAUGACAACCAAACUAAAGGAAGAUGACGGGAUGUAAUUAAAGAUGCCAGUAGAGCUGUGAAAUGAGUGUUCAACGGCUCGAGCAGUCCCAUUCCAAAAUUUCAAGACGCACGUGGUAGCUCGUGGUUUUAUUAUGCCAAGAGGACAAGUCUUUUAUGGGUUUGCCUCCAUGUCCAAAUCAUCGAGACAACAACAUCAUCAGCGAUCGAAACAAGAAACAACAGGUCAUUUUAGUUUAGUUUGUGGAGACGGGGGCCUGGUGUUGCUUGGCAAGCAGCAGAGACAGAGUGAGCCCUAAACUGAGCUUUGCGUGCCUAGCUAGACUUCUACCAACCUCAAUCGAUCCAUUGCUACCUUUAGUAGAUACAAUAGACGAGGAUGUCCGCGGAACGAGCCAAACGAGACCGUGGUGUCUGCCGAGGAUCCUUAUGGUGCCAGGAAAAGCCGUUACUGGCCCGACGAUCGACUUCUGGCGGCGACACUAGCAGCAAGUCAUUGAAUUACUGUGUCUUGGUGGGCGCCAACUUGAGCAACUACGAGAGUGUCGUAGCGUACCGUCGAGGCGAUCAUCCGCUGACCAUGGUCCAUAUCGUGGGAGCAUCUGCUUGGAAUCCCAGUGGCGGCAAGGGCGGUGAUUCUUCGACGGGGUUUCGAUUGGUGACGGAGCAAGGGACUCACUUGUACUGCGCCGCUCCCACGUCGACAUGUCGCGAUUUGUGGUUGGGUGCUCUUCAUGCUGGCUUGGACCGGAGUCUGCUAGAGGCAGGAAUGCCCAAACAACAACCUCUUCAGCCACCGCCUCCUGCCAAAACGGGACGAUUGAGGCCUCGCAUCAAAAAGCACUGCUUCUCGUGUGGCGUCGUCGACGAUCCCAACAAAUCUCCCAUUUUUGCCAAAUGCGUGCCCGUCACUCAUUACGGAAAGGAAAAUAGAUGCGAUCUCUGUAAAAAUUGCUUGAUUGCGCAGGGACUCUUGAACCAUGUCUGUUUCUUACGAGAGCUAUUUGCCAGUGCGCAACAAGAACGAAAAGCUAUCACACUCGCCAAACAGCUCUGUUUUCAAGCCAUGAAACUGGCCAAUCCGGCUCUAGAGAGUCAAGUCGGAGCAGCAGCAACUGCCGCUGCCAAUGAAGAAUCCAAUACAUCUCUCACGACGACGACAACUUCUACCAACACCACCACGACUACUACUGGGGAAGCUACGCAAGAAACAGCAGGAUCGUCGUCGUCAUCUUCCAAUGGAUCCUCCAAGGAUUCAUCGUCAUGGAGCGUCGUAGAUGAUCCCCUCCAGGCACAAGCAUGGAUUCAUCUCUCUCCAACCCCAGAAUCUACCAAAGCCGUCAUGAAAUUGAUCACCUCGUCGGCGGAAUUCCUAUCACUACAGCGUGUCUCGCUUACCUUGGAAAAUUGCUGUGAGCAAAUCCAACAGGGCAUUAUUGGGGUACCAGACAUGUUGGAACAAAUUGAUAACGUCAUGGGAACCACAAGCAUCCACUCCAAUCAACAAGAAAUGAAAAAACAAGCAUUUCGAGUGGCGGGGGAUAUGGGAACUGCCAUGAAGUUGUUACACGAUCUGGCAUUGCCUCGGAAUGCACAUCAGCAGCAAAUGCAACAACACUCCAACUUGGACAUGUUCAUUUGCUUGUUGGAAUUCCUACUCGAUUUGUGCGAAGGUGGAGAAUUGGCCAGUGUCGCCGCCUUUUGGCCACAGCUCUGUCAUAUACAUCUACGCAUGUUGCCUAGCGAUAACAUUGCCCAAUUGCUAAGGGUGGAACUGCUCGAGGACUUUUUGCUCACAGUGUCCACGCGGUAUUCCAUCCAUUUGGCACUCGAUCUGAUUUGGUCUCAUACGGCUGAUUUGGAAGAAUCACUCAUCAAUACGGCCACGUGUGGUCCAACCUGCCGGAGGCGGAGAUAUGCCGUCUUGAGGUUUGUUUGUGAAUUAGAGUCCUUGCUGUUGGGUUUGCCCAAUGGAUGGGGUGGUGGAUCGGUGGCGCUGGGAAAGUUAUUCACACCCAGUGCUCAUCAGGAUGCAUUGAUCAAAUUGUACAUGGGAGGCAUUCAUGAUCUACGAAAGGAAGUGCCGCAGUUCUUGACACGGUCCGUGAGGAUGGAGGUGUUGGCCCACGACAAAUUUGAAAAGGAUCCCGACGAGGCUGUCCAAGAAGCCAUGCGGAUUGCCCGGAAUGCCGACUACUUUUCGAGUCAUUUGAAUUUUUCACGUCGGAUGUGUGAUAUUGCCGAAAAAAUGUUUUCGCUGGAUAUCAAAGAUCGAACACCUGCACUGGAAAGGGAACUAGGACUGUUAAAUGCUUCUGGGACCAUGGGAGGAGACCCGCUGAAUCGAAUCAUGGAACAUCAUCUGCGCGUUGUUGGCGUCCCCACCAAGGAGGGACAUGUGUUUCGUAGCAAAGAACGUACGCCAGUGCUUCUUUUAAUGGAGGUUUUUGACGAUACCGUCGAGGAUGACGAAGAGCAGCAACAAACGCAACUGAAGAAGGAAAGGGAAGCAGAGGCCGCCCAAACGAAGGGAGACAGUGAAACGAAGGAACCAAAGGCCGGCCAGGAAAAGGAGGAAAUCAAGCCAGAAACCAAGGCUGAAAAAGAAAAUCCUGUGGAACCAGCUGAAAACGACGACAAUGAUGACAGUGAUCAUUUUGUGGACGCACAGUCAGAUGAAGGUAGUGUGUAUGAAGACCCUUCGGAGGAAAGGCUGAAUAAUUCCAGCAGUUUUGAUCUGUCUCGUGACGAGGACGGCAUGUAUUCUCCAAAACAUGUUCGAGCACGCACGAGGUCUGGAGCCAAGUACUCGUCUCCGUCAAAGGAGAUAUCGCUACCACUCGAAGGAUCAUUGGACGAUUCGUUUGCAAACCAUAAUGCACCUCAUGCAUUAAAGCGAUUCGACAAUCCAAUAAAUGAAUCGAAGAAGGAAACUCCGCAGACUCCAAGCAUGGAAACUGUAGAAGAGAUAGUAACACAUGCCAUGGUGAAACAGCUCCGAUUACCCGAUUUGGAAACAAACGAAGGAACCGAACAAGAAAGCAUGGCCGAGGAUUGUAAAGAUGCUGACGAGGAAAAACAAACAGAACAAGCCGACAAAUCGUGCGGGGAUGGCGACAUUCCGAGAAGCAAAUCGAGUCAAAGUAUUCUGUCGGAUGAUGGAAUGGACCCGGCCAAGCGAGGUUCCAAGAAAAUGGCAGCGAUAGCCUGCGACAAUACGGGUGAUGCGUCAAACAGCUUUGCACCAACAGGAGACGUGCGCCGUGAAGUUCUCAAUGCCAUUUUUCUAAAGGGAGUGCAGGGGGGUAACUCCAUUGCUGCAGGAACCAAAGGCGGGGUGAUGCAGAGUCUGCAGGAGCUGGAGCACAAGCGGGCUGUUGAACUUUUGUUGCUUGACAGCGAGGCCGGCACAGAGAACAAUGGGCAACAACCUGAUGGUUCUUAUGUGGAGACUGAGAAGAAGAAGAAAAAAUUGGAAGCAUUAGGCAUCGAAAACCUGAGCGACGAUGGGUUGGGUGAUGACAAGUGGAGUGCAAUGACAGAAGAAGACGAAGCCUUGGAGUCUAUUCGUUUAAUGUUAAUACAGAACCGUGUCGCGCAGGGAGGCUUGAGCCCUGUGGCCGCGGCGAAGGUCUUACAACACGCUUCAAUUCAAAAGGCCAAAUCGGAGGACAGCGGCGGUUCUGCCGAAUUCAAACACGACAAAGAUAUGCCAAAGGUGGAUGCCGGUGACGUCGAUCCACGGUUAGUCGGAUGUGGCGACCUCCCCUCAGCUGUUUUGCAGGCUUUGACACUCUGGAAGGCAGGUAUGGUGACUAAUGGGGAGCUUCUGGAACUGGUUUCGAAAGAUUUGAAGCACGGACGACGCAUCAUGUCGCAGGACCCAGAAGUAGUCGACAAGUUGAUGGAAGAUUCUGCGUUUUGGGGGCGCUUUGCGUUUGGUGAGCGAUGGGCUGAGAAGAAAGCAAGAAUAGCGCUGUCUAGCCCUCAUGGAAAGAGGGCGGGGUGGGAUCUUGUGGGUGUCAUUGUCAAGUCAAACGACGAUUUGCGACAAGAAACGUUUGUUAUGCAGCUCAUUGAACUGUGCCAGGAAGCCUUCCAAGUUGCAAAUCUUGAACUGUGGGUCCAUCCCUAUCGAAUUCUUUCCACCGGUCGUACCACGGGUAUUCUGGAAAUGGUCCGCAAUGCCAUGUCGUUGGAUGCUUUGAAGAAAAGGCCUGGUUACGGCAAAGGAGGUUUGAGAGAACACAUGAUGCGAAUGACAGAGUUCAUGCCUGAUCCAGCCAACGCCUUCAAGGCGGCACAACGAAACUUUGUUCGCAGUCUUGCCGCCUACUCGCUGAUGUCCUACCUAUUCCUCUUCAAAGAUAGACACAAUGGCAAUAUCUUACUGGAUACUGCAGGUCAUAUCAUUCACAUUGACUUUGGUUUUGUGUUUGGCAUUGCUCCAGGUGGAUCUUUCAGCUUGGAAAUGUCGACGCCAUUCAAGAUGACAGAGGAAAUGCUGGAAGUCAUGGGAGGCAUGGAGUCCCCGCUGUUUUCUGAGUUUGUUAUCUUGUUCUGCUGUGGCUUCCUUGCACUUCGAACUCACUAUGAGACAUUCAUGGCACUUGUUGAGAUCACCAGCAAAGAGAGCACGUUUCCAUGCUUUGAAGGCAAAGAUUCAGAAGAUAUCGUCGAGAAGUUAAGAGAUCGCUUUCAACCGGAUCUUGACACAGAGAAAGCCAUUGCGUUUGCUCUGGAUUUGAUUCAGCAAUCAACAUCGUCCUACGGCACGAAGCAAUAUGAUUACUUCCAGUACAUAUCGCAGGGCAUUGCAACAUAAGACAGCUCUAAACUAAUGUAGAUACAUCGUACUGCUGCAAUCGAAGUUCCCUUCCGCAUUUUACUCCCUUGCAGUGUUUUGUCCAAGGUCCUUUUAGCUU